UUUUUACGAUAUAGCCAAUUUUGACUUUGUCGUUGUAUUAACUAGUAGAAACAUUUUCACCACUAGUGGGUGUGUGAUAAAGGAGUACAGCACGAGGGGCAUGCAAGCAACCGCGCUCUACGAGCCGGGCACGUUUUCUGCUCUCUGAYUCAACAACGCUGUAGCUGCGCUCUCAAUCACACACUACAAAGCUUUCAAUAGUUACCAAGAUAUUUUUCAGAUUGAACGUAAUUGAGUAGUAGUCUAUGAAAUUACAAAACUGGUUUAUUUUUUAACAACUCAGGGUAAAGGGGGAGUUUUCUGAUUUGCCGUGGUUCCGCUUUACCUCCGUGUUUUCAACAAGCUUUUAUUUCCUUCAUAUCCGAGCGCCCAUCAGUGUAAUGAUCUGGCUUUUUUCUCGUGUCGUUUCCACUUCAGCAUGGGAACUGCAGUGUCCAAAAGGAAGACUUUAAGGAACGAUGCAAUAUCUUCUGUGACCGCAAAAGUUAGAGCAGCCAGAGCUUUUGGAGAUUACCUGUCUCACACACACCCUGAGAACCGUGCCGGCUCAGAUCACCUGCUGUCUGAUACCUUUAUCGGCCAAGACACAGACUCCCCUGACCUCAGUCGUUUCCACAACAACCUACACCCUCAGAAUCAGCCCCAGGCCCACAGUCUCCAGUCACAGCCCAGCACCCUGCAUUCCCAGCCCAGCAGUCUCCAGUCACAGCCCAGCACCCUGCAUUCACAGCCCAGCAGUCUCCAGCCCCAGCCCAGCACCCUGCAUUCACAGCCCAGCAGUCUCCAGYCCCAGCCCAGCACCCUGCAGCCAGAUAGUUUGCAGCCCACAGGACCGUCCAAGCGCAGGCUCUCAGCAGGGCUCUCAGCGGAGCGCAGCUUCUCCUUUGAGGAGCAGCAGCCGCCUCCCAGGUCCACUGAGGGAAGUCUGACGGGCCUGAAGCCAGCUGCCCAGCGGGUCUACACCAUCACUAGGGAGGGAGGCAUGCUAGGGGGCCGAGGCAGUGAGGAGAGCCUGGAGCUGGAGGUGCUCAAGCAGCCCCUGUCCCCUCCUCCCUCCUCCAACCAGCCCUCGUACUCAAAUCCACAACCACCAGGCAGCAAAUACCAACGCGGUGGCGGUGGUGGCAACCAUCACCAUGGCAACCAUAACCAUGGCCCACAGAACCACAGGUCCCAGUCCCAGCCCCUGCAGAGCUCGGGGAGCGCCCAUAACAUCCGGGACUGGGGGGUGCGGAGGGGGGGCUCGAGGGAGGACUGCACCCCAGAGUCUGUGACCUGCAUCAGGGCCCCAUGUCAGAGCCAGCGCUCCCUGGAUCUGGAGACGUCCCCGCAAGACGGAGGCAAACAAAGGAAGAAGCUGGAGAGGAUGUACAGCGAGGACCGAGACAGAGACAGACAAGGCUCUGCUGAGGAGAGAGAGGACAACCCUAAUAGCUGGUUCCCCAAAGAGAAUAUGUUCAGCUUCCAGACGGCAACCACAACAAUGCAGGCUAUAUCGAACUUCCGGAAGCACCUGAGAAUGGUGGGCAGCCGCAGAAUGAAGGCUCAGACAUACGCCGACCGCCGAGCUAAGAGUUUCAACCGCUCCUGGAGUGACCCAACCCCUAUGAAGCCAGACUCUCUCCAUGGCUCCAGAGACAAUGGGGACCUGCAGUCUGCAGGGGCUCUAGAUGAAGGGUCACAGGAGGAUGCAGACUGGGAGGAGGAGAGAGAGCUGGAGAGAGCAGCCUGCGAGGGAGAGGACUUCAUCCCACCCAAAAUCAUACUGAUAUCCUCUAAAGUCCCGAAGGCUGAAUAUGUCCCUAACAUCAUCCGUCGGGACGACCCCUCGGUCAUCCCCAUCCUUUAUGAUCAUGAACAUGCCACAUUCGAUGACAUCAUUGAGGAGAUAGAGAAGAAGCUGACGGCCUACAGGAAAGGCUGUAAGAUCUGGACCAUGCUCAUCUUCUGUCAGGGAGGUCCGGGGCAUCUGUACCUGCUCAAGAACAAAGUGGCCACGUUUGCCAAGGUGGAGAAGGAGGAGGACAUGAUCCAGUUUUGGAAGAAGUUGAGUCGGUUUAUGAGCAAACUAAACCCUGAGGCCAACCUCAUUCACAUAAUGGGCUGCUAUGUUCUGGGGAGCGCCAAUGGAGAAAAACUAAUCCAGAAUCUGAAGCAGCUAAUGAGACCUCAUGCCAUCGAAUUCAAGUCCCCACUAGAGCUGUCUGCGCAGGGCAAGGAGAUGAUCGAGAUGUACUUUGACUUCCGUCUCUUCCGCCUGUGGAAAACCCGCCAGCACUCCAAGCUGCUUGACUAUGACAACCUUUUGUGACAUUGCUCACCUUUCACCUUUGUCAGCCUACUGGCUGUGUAUCUCAUCACCGAUAGCCUAUAGUGACGGCUUUCCUUGAGAGGUCCUGGACGGGAGCGCUCUGUAGAAGAGGUGCAACAGGAAGACGGGGUUCAGGUGGUUUUACUCACUGAGGAGGCUUCAAUCCUCAGCUCUCAGAUGAAUUGAAGGCACUAAGUGAAAUCCAGUAGCAGCUACUGUCAAGAGGUGAACUGUAAAUUUCCCCCCAUCCAUUUUCACUGUCUCAACUAAUGCCUCUACUGGAGAGAACCAGAGAGAGAAGGUAAAAGAGAGGAGUGGAUAGAUCAUCCUUUAGUCUCAAGAGACACAUAGAGUUAGAUUUUAAGCUCAGGAGCCCAGAAAGUCUUCUUUUAGAGAGAGAGAGAGCGAGAGAGAGCGAGAGAGAGCGAGCGAGAGAGCGAGAGAGAGAGAGAGCGAGAGAGAGAGAGAGAGAGAGAGAGAGAGAGAUGCAGCACCUGCAGGGAAAAUAAAAACUCUUUGAGAAAGGGGAGAAGAGAUGGCGACAUAUUUCCUCCUUUGUCUACCUGUCAGCUGUGUGAAAUCAGAUUAAAGCUCAUUUUUUUUCAGGAAGUACGUAGAUCUCCCUAAGGAGCUAAAUGUAUUUAUAAAGUGUUUUGGUGGUUUUCGGAGCUUUAGAGAAUAGAUUUCCGUUAUCUAUACAUGUACCACAAAUAGAAAAGAUAGUACUAAAUUAGUCUUACCAAUAAUUCAAAGUAUCUAUAUAUCGUAUAAAACAGCUUUUAUUUUAACUUAUUGUAUUAGUAUUUCUUAUGGACUGUUUGACUUGAAUAUCUCAGGGUUACUGCUAUCCCUCGUAUGAUAAUUGCCGUCACCUCAUGUACCGUCAUAACGUAACGGAAUAGGAUCGGAGAUGUCUUUCGACUAGUUCCGAUCCUCUCCGCUCAGUGGUUGUCAGGGAAACCAUUUCUGUGUCUCUGAGCACCUGUGCGUGUUUGUGUGUGAACGAGGCAGGUGUUUGUAUUUUUAGAUUCUUCAUACACUAGGUCAAUUGUAGCUUAUUGCUCAUUACACAUGCAACAGUGACACCGUACCAGAGCCCUUCCACGUUGAUGUUUUACCCUGCUGAACUAUGGACACRGACGUUUCUUUCUUGUCGUGUUCAGUUCACUCCCAGGGAAUGAUACCCUUAUGCUGUGAGCGCUCUGUCUUACUGUGUGUGUCUGCAUUGCAUUGCUAACUGUGCAUCAUUUAAUACUGCCAUGAGGUUUAUAGAAAGUGGACUAGGCCUAGCCUAGAUGACUUGUGUCACACUGCUUAUGGUAAUCUCCCUCUCUUUAUAUCUACAGUAUAUUUACUUGUGUUGAACUAGUAUUGCUGCUAGUUACUCUAGUUCUCUCUGCACUGCCUGUGUUUUUCUUCAUUCUUGUAUGAACCAAAAUCUCAGUAUUCUUGUCAUGUCAUUCUUAUGGCAUUUACUUUCUKUGUAUUGUGCUAUUGACUUUUAACAAAUGGGCUCUCUGUCUUGCCUAUGUGAUAUUGUGCAACACUCAGUAGUGGUUUACAGUACAUCUCAAACACGCGGAGCAGUUCUGUGAAGGAGUGUGUAAUGAUAUUGAGAUURGUUUCAAACUUUUGCUUGUGCUCAAAAGUGGCAAAAUAACAUCGUUUAAGGAUGCUUUUCUCAUUUCCUCCUUAAACUGUUCCACCAGAGCUAAUAACUGAAUGUGUGUGUAGCUCCCUGGUGUGUGUGUGGGUGGUUUGUGUGUUUCUCAGAAUCCUUGCCUGAUGGGGCACUGCAGGGGUACUGAACUGUGAGGAGUCUUCAUUAUCAGUGUUUUCUCUUAGCUGGGGA